GAUAGUUGCCCACGGUAUCGAACGCAAAACAAAUGCCUACCACCUGUGAUGUGAAAAAAGUGAUCAAACCUACCCGAAAAUCGUCCCGUCUUUCACGGAAACGUUUAUCGCUGCGGCCCACCACCGGCCGAGUACGGUCCCGGUUCAUCAUGAGCAAAAAACCGUCGGUAAAGCGUACCAACAGCCAACUAUCCGUGGCACAAAAUGCAACCGGUGCGCCGAUCAGCCGCUGCGAGGAACAGCUCGAUGCAACCAUUUAUCGGUGCCUGCACGCACUGACCAAGCGCCACCAGCCAUCGGACGAGUUUCGGGCCCAGUUUUGUCGCGGUGCAUUCCUCAAACCGAACACGAAAGCUUUCAUCCAGGUGAUGCACUUCCUGCUCAAUGUGUACGACGCACGCGAGUUUCGCAAGCGCUUCUACUGGCCCAUCUACGACAAGGGUGCUGAAAAUGCGUUCCGUACAUCGACGGUCGAGUACGUGAACCAUCUGAUCGAGCGUGGCAAAUUGGUGGGCAUGGAAAAGAUUAAAGCGCAUGUGGUCGUUCUGCCGGGUGGUGCCAAGUUUAUGAAGUUUCUGCUCACCUUGAUACGGUUCGUGCUGCAGGAGGAGUUGCGCCGAGCAAAGGCGGGAGCCGGAAAUAGUGAGCCCAUCACAAAAACUCGCAUCGCUCAAAUGAUCGCUUCACACAAACGGUUGGUUGAGGUGGGUGAUCGCAUUAGUGGCACCAUCCAGGAGGACAUUAGCGUACUGACGGAAAAGACCCGGAAGAUAGAAACACUCAUCGAAACGAUCCUCCGGCCCAGCGAGGUGGCGAAACAGAUGAACUACGAAAAGCUGAUACAGAUGUGGACGAUCCUGAUAAACACACAGUUCAGGGAACAGCAAAAGAUAAGACAACGCAUGCAAACCAUUGCCAACGAGUUUGAUCGCGUGAUUGAGAAGACCGAGAGCAAAUUGAAAGGAAACGAGCUAUCGUUACCCUUUACGCAGGACGAGCUGAAGGACUGUCUCGGGAGUUAUAGUUGUCAACCGGGUACGGAACUCCAUCAGCUUACGCAGGAAAUUUUCGAUCCCAAUGGUAAGCUGAAUGCGAUCAAGCUGCUUCAGCUGUUCGAGAAGCUGUUGCCCAAUGUGGAGCGUCUUUUUACUGGCUUUUGUAUGAAAAACCCGGAACUGAUGAAGUACGAGAAUAAGGAAUUGUCGAAGGUGGCGGUUAAAUGUGAUGAUCUUCGGCAGCAGUUGGAUGUGCUGCAGCGAAGCUUACCUAUGCUGGAUGAAUGUUUACUGCGCGAUCUUCCCGCCAAUGGCGAUGGCAGUCCCGAACCUCUGGGCAAGGAUAAUUUUGCCAUCAAGAACAAACUCUUCUGCACGCCACCGAUCGUGAUGGAUUUUGAAGCACAGGUGGAUGAUUUCCACACGACCGGUCAUCCGGUAGGAGCCAAUGGAAGAAGCAGUCACCGGUUGGCACUGUUGAACAAGGAGGAUGUACAUGCGAUGAAUGCUCGGAUGAAGCUUCUGUCGGUCAGCACCUAUCAGCCACGCAGUCCAAAGCCACCCCAACGAUAUCAAAAACUCUCAGCCGACCAACAACUGCAUCGGCAGCAAUCGAAUCAGGAAACGAUGUUUGCUGUCCCACGUCUGGCACGCAAAGAAAAGCUGAAUCCACUCACCAUGCUGAACCGUAUCAAGGCACAGAGUCAAAAGCAAAAUGGCUUGUCCCGAUCGAACGAUGGAGCACGAGUGAACAAUACGAUGAACAUAUCCACCCUCAGCGAAAUUACGCUACGGCCCGAGUUUUCAUCCACCCUUCUGGGGACACCGGAGAAAGCAGGCCCGCCAGCAGGGGGAAACAACCCGGUAUCGAAUUACCAAGAGGACCAAGAGAAGAAACCGACCUCGGUACAGUCUUUACAGGUUCCUCCGGUACAGUCACAUCAUGUGCAGAUGAAGCGGGUAAUCAGUUCGCCGAACGUACAUUCCAGCCCUCGGUUGAUGGCAAUCUAUGCCGGCUCGAAUACUCCCAAAUCGGUACACUCGCCGAACACGUUGCUCGCUGCAUCCGGUGGUAGAAGAUCCUCGAUGAAACGUAGCUCACUGAUCGAGAACGAAUCGACGGUACAUACUUCACCGUCGGGGAGGUUGGAAUCGUUGGUGAAGCAUGACGAGCUGCCGCAACGUUGUUCGUUACCGUUGACGCUCGAUUUGGAGAAGGACCCGAUAAGCAACCGGGACCAGUCUGGGGACAUGUCAGAUGAUAAAACACUCAAACCGGAGAGCGGCGAUGGCGUAAUGGAGGAUCUCUCUAGCACAUUGCUUGCGACAAGUGCCGAUAAUCAGAUGAAUGGUGCUAAAACUGAAGCGAAUCAUAAAACGAACAGCAUAAACGUAUUACAGCACGUAGAAGAGUUGGAUAAUGAUAAUCUGUUUAAUAUUAGCGAUGGAAUAGUGACGGAUUUUGAAUGA